GAGUGGCUGAACAGUUUGCCAUCGCUGAGGCUAAGCUGCGUGCCUGGGCGUCUAUAGAUGACGAUGAGGAGGAAGACUCCAACGAUGAGGACUCAAACGUCAACGGACAGACUCAAAUCUUCUCCAGUCAGGGCUCAGACGCCGCCACAUCCAGUCCUAUCACCGAAGCGCCGUGCCAGCCUGAGGUUGAAGCCGGCGAGGCCCCGCCCUCCGACAGUCACCUUGGCUCCAGCAGCAGCAGCCUGCUCUGUGGAAGGCCUUCAUCUCACAGUGACCCACAUUCAUCCCAGACCAAUUCACCUACUUUACCCAGCGACUGCUUGAGUCCCUUCCUGGAGGAGGAGGAGGAGGAGGAGGAGGAAGAAGAGAGGCUGGAUGGUCACGAGGAGCAGCCGCCUCUAUUGCAGGAGCAGCGCAGUGAGGUCUGCGUCCACCACAAGCCUGAGUGGAGGCCUCGGGCCAGGAGCAGCAGGUUUGACUCCUGCUACUCCACCUCUCACUCUGAGUCGCCUGGAGAGGAGGACGAGGAGGACGAGGAGGAGGAAGGCAGCGUGUUUCACGAUUUUCGAAUGUGGCAUUCCAGCCGGAGAAGCUUCUUCUCCGACCGGGCUUCUUCUGGAGUGGCGUCCUUCGAUGAAGAGGAGGAGAGGGAUGAAGUAGAGGAGAAGAAAGAGUAUUUGAUGUGAUGUGUUGUCCAUCUUUAUGUCUCUUUGGGUCCGUGUUGAUUCUGGAUAUGACAUCAUCUAUUCUGCUUUCACUCUUAAAGGGACAGUUCACCUUAAAAUAAAACCAUUUUUCGUCUUCCCUGUA